AUGGCGCACUGUCAUUUUCCUGCUGGUGUGAUUUUAAAAUUCGGCAACCAGGGAAAGCGCCACACGAGCAGCCGCCACCGGCCGGCCAGGCCACGCCAGCAGGCAGCAGCGCGUCCCUCCUCUCCUCGCCUACAAACAGCGACGACCGAGCGAGCGGUUCGACCCACCUGCCUCGUCUUCCGUCUCCUGCUUCUCUUCCUCCUCUCUCCCGCCCCGCGUGGAACCGACCGACCCGCACACGCACAAGGAGCGGCCGGCAUGGGGAGAAGGGAGGCGCUCGUGGUUCUCCUCGCGGUCGUCCUCGCGGCGGCGGCGGCCGGGGAGGCGGACGCUGCCAAGGCCAAGGGGAAGGCCAAGGGGAAGUACCGGGCGCUGUUCAACUUCGGGGACUCGCUGGCCGACGCCGGCAACCUCAUCGCCAACGGCGUGCCGGACAUCCUCGCCACCGCCAGGCUGCCCUACGGCCAGACCUACUUCGGCAAGCCCACCGGCCGCUGCUCCGACGGCCGCCUCGUCAUCGACCACCUGGCGCAGGAAUUCGGGCUGCCCCUGCUGCCGCCGUCCAAAGCCAAUCGCUCCGACUUAAGUCACGGUGCCAACUUCGCCAUCACCGGCGCCACCGCGCUCGACACGCCCUACUUCGAGGCCAGGGGCCUCGGCGCCGUCGUCUGGAACUCCGGCGCCCUCAUGACCCAAAUCCAGUGGUUCCGUGACCUCAAGCCUUUCUUCUGCAACUCCACCAAGGAAGAAUGCAAGGAGUUCUAUGCCAACUCGCUGUUCGUCGUCGGCGAGUUCGGUGGCAACGACUACAACGCGCCCCUGUUUGCCGGGAAGGGCCUCACAGAGGCGUACAAGUUCAUGCCGGAUGUCAUCCAGGGCAUCUCCGAUGGCGUCGAGGAAUUGAUCGCCGAGGGGGCAGUGGAUCUCAUCGUGCCAGGGGUGAUGCCCACUGGGUGCUUCCCCGUGUACCUGAACAUGCUCGACAUGCCAGCCCACGAGUAUGGCGCCCGGAGCGGGUGCAUCCGUCAGUACAACACCUUCUCAUGGGUGCACAACGCACACCUCAAGAGAGCACUCGAGAAGCUCCGGCCCAAGUACCCCAAUGUGCGGAUCAUAUAUGGCGACUACUACACGCCAGUUGUCCAGUUCAUGCUCCAGCCUGAGAAGUUUGGAUUCUACAAGCAGUUACCUAGGGCAUGCUGUGGGGCUCCUGGGUCCGUUGCCAAAGCCGCUUACAACUUCAACGUGACAGCCAAAUGCGGGGAGCCUGGUGCCACUGCUUGUGCUGACCCAACGACCCAUUGGAGCUGGGACGGUAUUCACUUGACGGAGGCUGCUUACGGUCAUAUCGCCAGGGGUUGGCUAUAUGGCCCUUUCGCAGACCAACCGAUUGUUCAGUCCUCGUGA